CAUUGAUAAUAAUUUAAUGAAAUAUUUGAUUUUAAUAUUAAUUGUAGUUUUGGUGUCAGGCCAGAAGGAUGAUUAUUGGAAUAUGGAUGUCCAACAAAGAUCUGAGGACCUUGGAUUUGGAUAUGAGGAGUACCAGGUUACCACAGAUGAUGGCUAUAUACUAACUCUUAUGAGAAUUCCAUCAGGACCUCAAAGUCCACAGCAAGAAGGAAAACAACCUAUACUUUUGGCUCACCCCUUGUUCGAAGCUGGUGAAGCUUUUACCAGACUUGGUUCAGUUUAUUCUCCUGCUUUCUAUCUUGCAGAUGAAGGAAAGGAUGUUUGGCUUUUCAAUAUGAGAGGAACAACAUUUAGUCGACAACAUGUAAACCUUGACCCAUCUACAGAUGAUGAAUACUGGGAUUUUUACAUGGACACAAUAAGGUAUGACUAUAUGGCAUGAAUUCAGUUCAUCCUCGAUAACACAGGUUUUUCUUCAAUUCCAGUAUUUGCGAUGUCAUUUGGAGGUGCUACCUUUGCUAUUUCAUUAGCUCUUGAGCCAGAAUUCUUCUCUUCAAGAGUCUCCGUAGCCGUAUUAGCUGCUCCAGCUCUCAACAUGGGACACACUAAUGCCCUCAUCUAUGCUUUGUUAGGAAAUUUCCCUAAUAUUCUUGAAACAUUAAGAAGUGGAGGAAUGAAUGUUUUCAGAGAUGACAACCAAAUGAUGAGAAAUCUCCUUUACACAGCCGCUCGUCUCUUUGGCCCGAUAGUUCAAGGAAUCGGAGGAACUGUAUUGGGAGAAGGCGAUCCAUUUGCCUUAGACCCUGAAGGAAUGAGCAUCCUUCUGGCUCGAUCCCAAUAUGGUGUUGGAAUGAGAGCUUUGCAACACUUAUUUCAAAGUGUCAGGUUAAAUGAUCUAACUUACUUCGAUUAUGGACCUCGAGGAAACUUUGAUGUUUAUGGAACAGAGACUCCUCCUGAAAUCCCGUUGGAAGAUAUUAAUGUCCCUGUUGCUCUAAUGUUUGGCGAAUUUGAUAACGUCGUUCCUGAGGAGGAUCAACAAUGGAUUAGAGAAAGAAUGGGUGACAAUAUUAUAUUCGAUCAAGUUUAUGAAGGAUUUUCUCACUUGUCAUUCUUAAUUGGAGAUAACAUCGAAGUCUAUUUGGAAGAUUUAACUGAUAUCACUGAAGAAUACCCGGCAGUCAUUGGGGAUGAAAAUUAAUUAAUGUCCCA